UACGCUGUGUCUAACUCACAGGCUUAUCAUUGUGAUUGUGUCGCUUGGACCACUCGUUUGUCGUUGAAGAAUCGAAUCUGGAUUAUUGGGCAAUGUCAGAGUUCGGUCCUAUGUAACCACGACGUUCCGCCUAGACUCCCGAGGACUCGUUGAUGAUCGACUCCCUCCCUGCCCCUUUUUUACCUCUCUGUUCCUCAUCCACCGAUCAAUGCGCCUGCGCCACGUGCUUUCUGCUCGUCUGCCCUCCCCUGUCAACCUGGUCGCAAUGUUCAUCGGCUGCGCUUGAAGCUGACGCACGCAAUCCUACCCCUGGAACCUGUCACUCUCCCGCUCCCUUGGUCGCAUUGACCCCCUCCCUCCAGUCUCGCGCGGCUGCCGUUCAACGACCCCCCACCAGAACCAACGGUCAAUUGAACAUCUUCGAUCGGAUGGGUGUCUCGAUCCGAUUGUUCUGCAAGCUCCCUUAAGCCUCUGGCCCCGGCUUUUUCGCCGCCAUGCAUUGGAAAGGAUUACGGAUCAGUUCGUCGGACGGCAACGAUUCCAAGAGACGGAGCAUUGUUGAACCGCAAUCCAAUUUCCGCUAUAGCGAACAUUUGCCUCGUCCGACCCUCUCAACCACCCACCUGCCCUCUCGUCGUUCUGAAUCCGCUUCCCGAUCCCCUCCUCAGGCCGAACCCGAGCACACCGACCGCCCGCAGUCCAACAGUGACCCGCAUGACGGCUCCGAAAACAUAAUCACCAAGACCCAGAGCCCCGGUGCUGGGUUGUCAGCGACAGAUGGUUCCAACGUGCGCAGGAACCGUUUCAGCUUUUUCAGACUACGUCACGCAUCCGAUCCGCAGUUAUCCAAAUCAUACGCCAAGGCGGAAGAAGACAUCCCCCCAGUGCCAUCCCUACCGCCGCCGACGAUCAUCACUACCGCCCCGACGAGUCAUGAUCUGGACCAACCCACCAAGCGCCGGCCGAAAUUUAGUCCCAUCCCGGAACAUAAAAAGUCCCCCGCUGAGGCACCGUCGAGUCCAACUCCAAUGUCCGCCCAUACCCCCCACGAUUCGAUUGUAUCCCAGUCCGCAGACCCCGCCCUGUCAGCAUCCGCCAGUAACGGCGAAGAGGCAGGGCGCCUAUCCACGACUUCCAUCAGAAGCAGUCCCCGGGAACAGCACAACGACUCGUAUCGCUCUUCAGUCGCCGAUCCCAGGUUUUCCGAGUCCUCCCGCUCGGAUCAAAGUUUAGGGGAUCGGGGCAUGUCCCGGAGCUACUCGCCGCGGGAGAAUCCCCUGGACAGCUUGGCCGGGGGGAAACGAUUCCGCCUCCCCCGCUGGAAACGCAAUCGGGGCCCCCUCUUCCCUCUUCCCCCACGACCAACCGGGCCGCCCUCGGAUGGCGCUGUUCCGAAAUCGGCCGUGAUGGACUACGCGUCGAAACGGGGUCUCCCGGAGAGUCCGGAUGGGGAUCACAUAUCGCCCCUCCACUCCCCCGCCCGCUCGUCGGCGGGCCUGGCCUCCUCACGGCCACCCCUGCUGCGACAGGACUCGGCCAACUCCAACAAUUCGGCUCGCUCAACUCCGUCGACUCGCAGUCGCAAGACCAAGACGCGGGCGCGGUCGUCGACAUUGGAUUCGCUAGCCAACGUGCGGGAACACGAGCACCAGUCCUCCCCUCACCUCACUUCCUCCGGACGGACUUCUACGUCGACUAGCGGCCGGAAAAGCUUUGGUGAGUUUUUGGGCAUCUCGCAGCGCUUUGCGCCGUCGCCCACCACGAGGAGCCCUGGAACGCCCAAGUCGUCGAUGCCAUCGUAUCCGGAACGAGAAGAGGGCGACACGCCGGGUACGUAUCUGGCUCGGCUAGAAGAGCAGCUCCCGCGGAACACGAUCGCAAAUAUUCUGUCCCAAUUCAAUGACGAAUUCUUCACAACGGCGCUACGAAAAUUUAUGCGUGGAUUCUCUUUCUUCCAAGACCCCAUCGACAUGGCCAUCCGCAAGCUGCUGAUGGAAGUGGAGCUGCCCAAGGAAACCCAGCAGAUUGACCGGUUCCUUCAGAGCUUUGCAGAUCGUUAUCACGAAUGCAAUCCGGGAAUAUUUGCCUCGCCCGAUCAAGCAUACUUCAUCGCUUUUUCCAUUCUGAUCCUUCAUACCGACGUCUUCAACAAAAACAACAAGCGCAAAAUGCAGAAGCCGGACUAUGUGAAGAAUACCCGCGGCGAAGGGAUUGCGGAUGAAAUCCUCGAGUGUUUCUAUGAAAACAUCUCCUACACGCCGUUUAUUCGCAUCGAGGAUGCCAACACCAAUGGGCGCCAAUUGACCAGACCGCGGCGUGGCUUGCUGAAGACGGCGAGUUCCGACCAUCUCUCUCGCGCGUCCAGGGAGCCGGUCGAUCCAUAUACAUUGAUCAUGGAUGGGAAACUGGAUCACCUGCGCCCCAGUCUUAAGGACGUGAUGAACCUGGACGAUACCUAUAGCUGUGAGGGAACUGCGGGACCCGCCAAUGUAGAUGAUCUCCAUCGUGUGUUCGCCAAAUCUGGAAUCCUGCAGAUCUUGUCGCCGCGGUCGAGGCCGGAUGCCUUCAUGCCCGCCAGCAUUGACAACCCGGCGGACUCCAACCCGGGGUUGGUGGACAUCAAGGUGGCCAAGGUCGGGCUGUUGUGGAGGAAGGAUCCGAAGAAAAAGCGAGCCCGGUCCCCAUGGCAAGAAUGGGGCGCUCUUCUCACUCUCUCGCAGUUGUAUUUCUUCCGCGACGUGAAUUGGGUGAAAUCCUUGAUGGCGCAGCACGAGCAACACCAGGAUGAGGGCCGCCGCCGAGCAGUAGUCUUUCGGCCGCCUCUGACCGAGUUUAAACCCGACAGCAUCAUGUCGACUGACGACGCGGUGGCGUUGCUGGAUACGGGCUACAAAAAGCACAAGCAUGCCUUUGUUUUGGUGCGCCACAACGCACUGGAAGAAGUUUUCCUGGCCAACAGUGAAGGGGAUAUGAAUGACUGGCUGGCGAAGGUCAACUAUGCGGCGACCUUUCGCACCACGGGGGUGCGGACCAAGGCAAUGAUUGCCACCAAUUAUGACGCCCAGCGGAACCGAAUGAGCCGCCCGAGCUCCGCCGUGUCUGGCAGCACGCAUCGGUCGAUGGAUAAGGAACCCCCCUCGCCAAACCCCGGGGCCGAUAUGCCCCAGGAUAUGGCGCUGGCGCGUCGGGAACUGAUGCAGCAGAAGAUCCGCGAGGCCAAUGAACAACUCUUCGUGGGGCAAAGGCAGCUGGACGAUCUUCUCCGAAAUGCCCGGCACUUGCAGGUCUUGACGCCGGUGAACUCCCGAGCGAGGGAAAACGUGAUCAUGGCCGCCGGCCGAAUGGCGGCGAAACUAAAAUGGGUGCGACAGGACAUCUGGCGCACCAAGUGCUACCGGGAAGUGCUCGUUCGAGACUUGGGGAAAGAUCCGGUCGAAGCUCAGUCCGCUGGGGAGCUGCCACAUCUUCAGAUCCCAAUCGCCCACCCUUCCUCUGCUGGAUCCGACGGGUCUCAGGUCGAGAAGCCGGCUUCCCCGGUCGUAGAAACUCGCCCCGCGGCUGACGCACCGCCCGCCCAGGACCUUGUCUCGCAACCGGCCGCCUUGGAACCACGAAGGCCCAGUAUCCCUACGUCCAUCACUUCAGACCUUGGCCUCCACGUCGGUCGACGGUUGUCUGUGGAAACCCCUAAGGAGCGCGCCAAUUCCACCUCUCCGCCGCGGCCCUAUGGCUUGGAACGCGAUGCCUCUGUGGCAAGCAGAAUGGACGCUGCCAGCCUGGGUUCUCGGACUUCCAAGAUUACAGGAAGCGUGGACGACGGCGAGGAGCGCCUGCUGCGCGAUGCAGGGCUACUGGACGUGAACAGCCCACCCCCGGUACGUCGGCAGUCGCUGGUCCGGUCUGAUGGCGACUCGAAACCGGAGGAUGGGCCGGAUGGUGCCCAAGGUGAACAAGCGGGCCGGAUCCGCCGCAGUUUGCACCGGACGCUUCGGGACACCCCCGGUGGACACCAUGGUCAUUAUAUCCGGAGCAAGAAGUCCCGCGAGUCGGCGACGUCAAGCAUGGCCACCGCCGAAGAAGGGCCCGGAACCAGCGAAGGCGAGGGUCUCUCGCGCAAGUCAGCCAGUUUCACGGUCCACGGAAAGAAGGCGUCGGUUGUGACAUUCGGCUCCGAGUGGCAGAACAUUCCACCGGAGGAGCGUCUGAAACUGCGCAAGCCUACCCCAUCGGAUGAGCCACGAAUUUCCGAACAGCUCGUUUCCAGCAGAGCCGGGUCAAUUGUGUCGGAGGGGAAUCAAUCCGACUAUCCGCAAUCGCAGCGGACCGCGAUGGCGGCGGAAUCAAUUGACGCCGUUGGCCGACUAUAUCCCGAAGACACGAAGGCCGAGAACGACGAUGCCAUCGGACAUGAUUGUAGGGUUUCUGAGAUACAUGGCGAUCAUGUUACUGGGGACGCCAAAUCCCAGCAGAUGCCCCCUCGCUCACCGAAGCAGGCAAUCAAUGUAUGA